GCCCGCCCACCCGCAAGCGUGUUAAUUUAUGCUCAAGUUGUGAUCUUUGUGUGCGCGUGGAAUUGUGCCUGCUGGAGCCGAAGAUCAUUCAUACACGUUCGCAGUCGGUUCAAGAAGCGAAAUUCUAGCGAAUCAAACCCGACCAGGAAUCGUCGUGAUCGCCGUCGUGCGUGCGUGAAAGUGUGAAAAAAGUUGCCCUCUGCCCGCGGUGUGUGAGUUCGAGUUUACACAAUUUUUGCGCGAUUAUUUUUGGAUUCUAACAUCAUCACCAUCGUCAUCGUCAUCGUCAUCUUCGACGCCGCUUCUUGUUGCCGCCCGUCGACGCAGUGAAAUUGUGAAGCCGUGAAAAUCCGUGUGGAAGCAGAAACUCGCCAGUGGCCGCCGGUUCGGGCUAGUCGUGUCGAAACAACGAGAUUGAGUUUUUCCGCUGCUUUCGAGCGGUGAAGAAUGAAUUCGUGAAAAAAAUUGUGUGUUUGGAAAAUUGUGUGCGCGCGAUCGAUCAAACGUUCCGGCGAGAGGAAGAUUCAGCUUCCGAAUUCUGUGCGUGAGUGCAUUCCGUUCCGUUGGCUGGAGUGAUCAGUGUGUGAAAAUUUUCCGAAAUCGAGAAAGUGUGUAAGUUCUGUUGUCCAAGAAGUGGUUGAAGCAGAAGAUGGAACCCACCGGGAACAAUGGGCUUUCCCCGCUGGACGAGCUCCAGCGGCAGUUGAACGAAGAUCUGGCGCAGGUGGUGGCACCGACGCCGCCACCUUUGGCAUCGGCGCCCCUGGUGGCGACCACCAUUAGUACUGUUGUGGUCCAGGGUGGCCCUCUGCAGCUGGUAAUUGCACUGCUCAAGAGCGGUGAACGAUUGUACAUCAAAGUUGCAGAUCUGCUGCCCAAGUUCACAUUUCUCGGACCGAGUCUGGACGAAGCGUUGCACCUACAGCGGCAACAUGAGGAACUGCUGCGACAGAUUCAGAACCUACCAACUCCGCUGGAGGAGUUCUACCACAAAGUGCAGGAAAAGAUCGCAUCCCACGAGCGACCCGAUCCGGUUCUGAUCGAAGAAAUGGCCGCCUCCCUGGGAGCCGUCUGGCAGGACAUCAAAAAGAUGCUCCAAGAACGACGGGACAUCAUCCUGCUAAAUGUAACCUUCUUCGAACGUCUCGGUGAAUGCUACGGAAAAAUGAGCUCCCUCGAGGUGGCCUGCAAUGACACAAUGAUCCCGAUCGAAAUCGAUGCCGUUCGAGAGUUUUUGGAAUCGUUCAAAUUCCUCCGAACAGAAAUGCUCUCGACCAUUUCCGCUGGCCUGAAGGUAGGCAACCAAAUGCUCGACAAACUCCGAGAACUGGCCAACAUCGGAACGUUCGACUCCCGUCCAAAUCACGUCAAACAAGACGCCCUCCAAGCAGUCGCCCAAGUGGAACGGUGGCUCGAAGACCUCUCCAAUCGGAGGAACAAUCUCGAACAAGCAUGGCAAUCACGAAAAACUCAACUGGAACAAUGCCUCACCCUGGCGAUCCUCGCCAAAGAACUCUCCGACAUCGAGUACAGUCUCAACGCCACCAAGAAUUCCAACUUCAGUUCCUUCACUCUAGGUGACUCUGCCAAUCAGGCUCGUGACCUGCUUGAAAUCUACCAAAACGUCAAACCGGAAGCUCUUCUCCUCCGAGACAAGUCCCUCAAAAUCACCAAAACCACAGAAGAGCUCGUUUCGACCGGUUGCUUCGCAGGAGACGAAGCCUGCGCAAAAGCGUACAGCAUCCUAGCCUGCUGUACCGAAUUCGUCGACGAAGUUGACCACCGCGAAGCCCUUCUUUCCCAGUCCCGGGAAUUCUUCGGUCGUGCCGAGAACCUCCUGACCAAACUGUCCCAAAUCGAAAUCGAACUCAGCAAUCUUCAGCUACGACCGAGCUCACCCUCACCGCUUCUUCUGCAGAACAAAGCCCUGCAGGAGGUAACGGCCACCAUCGAGGACAUCCUCCAGAUGGGCUACUCGCUGAUCGACGACGUCGGACGAACGAAACCGGAGGUAGCCGGCGUGCAGGCCAUGGUCGAACGGAUAGAGCAGAAGAAAGCUUCCUUCGAGCGGUACUGUCUGCAAUCGAGCGAGGAGAGUCUGCGACUGACGGAAGCGUUGAAUGACUUCCUGGAGCGGUACAAUCAGCUGUUCCAGUGGUUGGAGGACUCCCGCCGGGAGCGGAUCGAACAGGCCGUCGACAUUCACCGGAUGGGGGAAAACCUGGCCGAGGCAAAGGAUUGUUUGUUGCUGCAUCAUCAGCUCCUGAAUGACCUGGAGAUCAAAGGAAACGCAAUAAACAACCUGCUGGUCCGGUUGACCCCGGUUCUGGAGUAUCUGGAGGACGACCAGCGGGACGACGUCCAGCACAAGAUCGACGUCAUCCGGCAAACGUGGAUCGAGCUGAAGAACUACGUCAACACGCGGGUGGAUCUGCUCAAGCUGUACAUCCGGUUCCACCAGGAGGCGGAAAUCCUGAGGAACCUAUUCGAAUCGUUCGACAUUCAGAAGGCUGCGUUCCGGAGCGCCGAACACGACCGGCCACUGCUGCAGGCAGCGUUGGACAACAUUCGGGCGCAGUUGGGUCAGCUGAAGGCAUUCGGGGAGCAGUGUAUCGAUGGUUUGGAGAAGGUCGCCGAUCCGUAUCUGCAGAAAGCUCGCGCAGCUCAGUGCGUCGAUCGGACGCUCACCGAGCUGAACGCGCGCCAGUUGACCGCCGCCGAUGAGUGGGAACGCUGGAACGCCCAACAGCAUACGGACGCCACGCUGAACGACAUCAUGGCCGCCAACAUGGAGACUCUCGCAGCUGCAUCCAAACUGGAGGAGCAACUGUACCCAAUCUUCAACACCGCGUCGGAUAAUCCAGCCGAUCUGAGUGCAUUUAUCGCAACCAAAUUGAGUCAAAUCCAGUCGGAAAUCCGGUCGGCGGAAAGUGAACUGACGAAUCGGUUCGAAACGAUUGAUCAACUCGACACCGACGGACCGGAGGGUAGUGAAAAAGUGAUUCAAGUGAAGAACAGUUUGAACUCGAUCAAAACCAAACUGCACACGAUCGCGGCCGAUUUCCAAGAGCUCGCCUCCGCUGUCGAUCGGUUCCUACGGUCCGUGCUAACGUGUCGGGACAAUAUCAAGGACUAUUUCGCAAACAAGCAACCCAUUUCCGGUCCGGACAAUGUGGAAUCGAUCACCAACAGUUAUGAACAGUUCAAACAGAACACGAUGGAGUACUUCCGGAAUCUGCUGCAGCAGAGCGAGCAGAUCAUCGAGAGGAUCAAAGCGCAGGAACCUCCCGGGGCGAAGGAACAGGACACGGACAAGAUUAUUACGUUGCUGGAGAAUCUGCGGACGUACUUUGAAACGCAGACCGAGUCGGAGAACUCCGAGCUGAGAAAGCAGCACGCGGUGAUUGCGUUCGAUAGAAGUUUGAAUGAAGUUCGAGGGGAGAUACGGGAAAAGCUGGAACAGGUGAACCGUGGUCGCGGGCAGUACGGCGAGAACGCCGAUGGAGCCCGACAUAAUCUGGCCGCGUUAGAUGACUUCGAGAGGGGCUUGACGGACCUGGAAUCGAAAAUUGAGUCCUUUGUGAGCUCCUCGCAGAGCUUGAGUUCUCAGUAUCCGGAAACGGCACAGUACGUCCACACGGAAGCCACCAAGAUUCGCAACGAAUGGGCAGAGCUGUUCAACACAAUUCAGGAGUACCGUAAGCUAACGACCAUUGCAAUCCAGUACUACGAGUUGAUCACAGUGGUGGAGAACAACUACCGCAAUCUGAAUGCCGAUUUGAUCAACGCCAACAACAAACUGUCGAUCCUGAACAACCCGGACAUCGCCAAUGACCUGAUCCAGCAAAUCGACAACAUUCUCAAAGUUUACGAGACUCAACAGUUGGAUACGCUGAAGCAAAUUUCCACGCUCUCCUCGCAGAUCUACGGCCACGAUAGCUCGGUAGUGCUGUACAACGAUAACCUGAAGCUGUUUCAAUCAUUCUACAAGAUUAAAAACGAUCUCAACGAUCGCGCCAAAGAACUCACCGAACAACAGCUGCAACAACAGCAGCAACAAGAAACCCAGCAGAAUGGUUAUCACGAGGUAACGACAAUCACAUCAACCACGUCGCAUAACGGACUUCCCCAGCAGCAGUCCUUCGAAGUUCAAACCGUUGACGAAAGUCAAUACUUCCAGGAACCGCAAUCUCCGCUGGUCAUCCAGACAGUGGAGGAAUCUCGCCACGAGCAGAUUCACGAAAUAGUAACUGCCACCGAGCCUCCGCCAUCCCUGUCCGUUCCUCAACCCCUUAGGGACGUGUCCGUUCGGGAAGGCCAACGCGCCCAGCUGCAGUGCGUCAUCAUCGGCCACCCGACUCCGGCGAUCGAGUGGUUCAAAGACGGCAUCAGCAUCCACAACAACCCCGACUACAAAACCACCUUCGACGGUGGCCUGUGCACUCUCACCAUCGAUGAAACCGUCACGGCCGACACGGCCGAAUACCUCUGCCGAGCGAUCAACGACGCCGGAAUCGCUGACUCUCCGGCUCGUCUGAUCGUAACUGAAUUGCCGCAGCCCGUGAAGCCGCAAGGAGUGCCACCGGUUUUCACGCAAAAAUUGGAAAACGGCACCGCGACCGAGGGCCAACCGUUCCAGUACCUCUGCACCGUCUCAGGUAAUCCCCAACCCCCGGAGGUUCACUGGUUCAAAAAUGACACUUGCAUAAACGGUUCGUCCGAUUACCGAAUCUCGUACGAUCCGACCACGGGCGAAGCGGCGCUACGCUUCGAGCAGGUAUUCCUCGAAGACCAAGCUCGCUACAGCUGUCGGGCGAGCAACGAGUGCGGCUCGGAUGAAACCACGGCCCAGUUGGCCGUCGAGCCUCUGGAGCCGACCGAGUAUCCCAGCUUCCGUGUACCGCCGUCGAACGUGAUGGCACGGGUCGGCCAGAAGAUCAAACUGGAAGCCGAAGUCGCCGGAACCCCACCGCCCGAGGUCAUGUGGACCCACGAUGGGAAGCAUUUCUCCAACCGGGAAGUGAAGUUCUUCUACGAAAACGGCAGAGCGCAAUUGGUUAUAGACGAAGCAUUCCUGAAGGAUGCUGGUGUCUACACGCUAACUGCCAAGAAUAUCGCCGGUGAAAAGUCCUGCUCGUGUAAUGUUGUGGUGAAGGGUCGUCUACCGAACGAAACGUCCGAUUCUGAAUUAGCCAGUGAUAUGGAACCAGUGAAGCCGUCCGUCCAGCUCCAGCUCAAGGACGUCUCGGUGUUCGAGGGGAAACCGGUACGUCUGGACUGUGUGAUCGUCGGUCAGCCGGAACCGGAAGUAAUCUGGUACCAUGGCGAUCGUCCCGUCAAGGAGUCCACCGAUUUUCAGCUACUCUUCCAAGGUGACCACUGUUCACUCGUGAUCCGUGAGGCAUUUUUAGAAGAUGCUGGCGAGUAUCGUGUUGUCGCUAUUAAUAGCGCUGGUGAAGCUUCGAGCAAGUGUAAUCUAAUUGUGACACCGCUGAACAUUGCGGAACCAGCCGUACGUCAACCGACCGAGCGUGUCCUGCCGCCAUUGGGUGCGCCACCCAAGUUCGAACGCCUUCUGGCUGACAUCCUUGCGGCCGAUGGCGAAAAGUGUCAAUUCGAAUGCGCCGUCAGCGGAGAUCCCCGACCGAACGUCAAGUGGUUCGUGAACAAUCGCGAAAUCGAAGAAAACCCGCGUGUCCAUUCGGUGUACCGCGACGACGGAGUUGUGAAACUGGUGAUCGAACAGGUGUUCCCCGACGAUAAGGGUGUCUACACGGCCAAAGCCUCGAAUCCGUCCGGGGAGGCCAAGUGUUUCUCGAAUCUGAUUGUCAAAUCGAUCAACGCGACCGAAUUCGAAUCCGUACCGGCAUUCCUCAGCGACAGUGUCGUGUGUCCGACGUUCAAGGAAUUGUUUGCCGAUCGCAUUGUGAAGCUCCAUGAAUCGACCAAAUUUGAGUGCAUCGUGGUGGGCAAACCCCAACCGAAGAUCAAGUGGUUCUUCAACGAUCAACCAGUCCAUGGACAUGAUUUUCUGGUGUCAACCAGUGGAGAUCGCCAGGUGCUUACCAUCCCGGAGAUAUCUCCAGAGCUUGCCGGAAAGAUUACCUGCUACGCGGAGAACGAAGCUGGAAACGCACAAUGUGUGGCCUACGUAAAAUUGGCUGAUGUAUACGGAGCAAUGCUGCCCAUGCAGCCGCUAAUUACAGCUGAAUCGAUGCUACAGGUGGACAAUUCCGGUUCAUCCUUCGUCACGCUCCAGAAGCAGGUGACCACUUCUUCCUCGUCCUACUCCUCCUCGAUGCUGGUCGAGAAUGGAGUGUCACAAUCCGAGGUUCACUCGCAAUCCGCCCAUAUGGAUCGCUCGUUCAAGCAAGUCGGUGACCAAGCUCCAGAAGUAGCCGAGACCAAACAGUUUGCGCAGUUCCACCAGGCCAACGAUCAGCCACCGUCGUUCCAGCAGGAAACUUCGAUGCUCAACAUCGCCAACAACAACGCAUCGGAAAUGCACGAAACGAUCAUCGCCAACUCUGGUCAGAUCAGUACUGGCAAGCCGGCCAGACGUAGCUCUGCACCACGCUUCGUGUCGCCGUUCAACGGCAAGAUCGUAGAUCAGGGAGCCGACGUCGUGUUCGAAGGUAUCAUCGAUGGCUACCCGACGGCCGAAGUAAAAGUCACGAAGAACGACGUCGAACUGCAACCAGAUGGCGAACGCAUCACUGUCUCCUACUCGCUCAACAAGAUCGUAGUCGAGCUGAAGAACGUUUCAACGAAAGACGCAGGACGCUACACCGCCACAGCUUCCAACGCCGCCGGUGCCUCAUCCACCACUGCCGAUUUGGUCGUCAAGAAAUCUAUCUUUCCACCAGUGUUCGGUCGCCGUGUGCAGGCGCAGAGUGUCCGCCGUGGUGAUCGAGUUAUUCUGGACGCUGAAAUUAGCGGAACGCCCGAACCGAUCGUCGCCUGGUUCAAAGACAACCGUCCAGUGCAGGAAGCUCUUCGACAAGGAAGCUACGCCCUACAGCAGGUGGGACCGACCUGUAAGUUGAUCUUCGAGCAGAUUGAUUACCCCGAUAGCGGCAAGUACAUGAUCGUUGCCCGCAAUACGGGUGGUGAAGCGCAGAGCAUUGCCGACGUUGUGGUCAUGGAAGCGGAACAACCGCAACCAGCACAACAACCGCAGAAGCAUGUGUCCUUCGUGGAGCCGCAGCCACAACAACCGGGUGAAAGCGUACCCGAUGAGUCUGGCUUCAUCGCUCAUCAAGAGUUCUCCGCCGAAUCCAAACUAAAGGGUCCCACCACAGAGUCCACCAUCGUGACCGAAACGCGCCGUACGACCGAGGCCACCAUGCGAAUGGAACACAAGGUCAACUUCCCCGAUCUGCCACCGGUGACCUUCUCGCAGCGUACACAGACACCUACGAUUCCGCUCCGAUCGGAGGGAUCCAUGGCACAGACCAACGUACAGACGAGCGCUACCAAUACAGACCGGAUAGCGACACGUACUGACGCCACACAGACACCAAUACCACAACCACAACAACAACAACAACAACAGGGCAAAACCGAGGCAACACAGACGCCACCCCAGGUGGAGGCACCCAAACCUCCGCCGGAAGAACUCAAACCCGAAACAACGAAGCGCAGUGCGUUCCAGUACUUUGAAAAGAUCACCUCGAACGGAACAGCGGAAUCGGUGGCGGUGGCCCCACCACCUCCAGUCUUCAAACCCACAUCAUUCAAACCACUCAAACCACCACAGGUUGCUAGCGAUCAGACACACAAGCUGGUAGGUGAAGAGAAACUCAUUUACAACGCAUACACUCCCGGUCAAGAUAUUCGAAGCUAUCAGCCACCGGCAGCUCAAGUCCCAUCCGAACCGAAUAGAACCUUAGAGUCCACCACGACCACGACCAGUAGUAGUAGUUAUCAGUCGUCAACGCACCGGGUUGAUUUCCUCUCACCCCAGGGCGUCACUGUUCCGACUCCACCGAUCUACCACCAAGAACCGCAUCAACCGAUCAUCGAAAAGCACCCCAUCCCGAAGCCCGACCCGACCCCGAUCCCUCUCCAGCCAAUGCAGAGCAGCUUCUUUAGCCAGCAGCAGCUACAGCAGCAACAACAACAACAACUACAACAACAACAACAGCAGCAGCAGCAGAUGUAUUCGUCUUUCACGACGACUCACCAGCUGCAGGCAUCGAACUUGUCCCAGCAGCAGUACUCGCAGAGCAUGCAGUACCAGCCAUAUAAGCCAUCCGAACCGCUUCCGGCUCCUCAACCAACCAUGCAAGCACCGGUCUUCACUCCACUUCCACAACCGACUCCUCAACCCUUCAAACCUGCUGCUCCUAUGCAAACCUUUGCCCCUGCUCCAGCUCCUCAACCGACUCCGCAACCGUUCAAACCUGCUGCUCCCAUGCAAACCUUUGCCCCUGCUCCAGCUCCAGCCCCUGAACCAUUCUACGCUCCAGCUCCGCAACCCUUCAAACCCGCUGCUCCUCUGCAAACCUUCGCUCCUGCUCCAGCUCCAGCUUCCGAACCACAGUUCAUUCCGGUUCAUCACUCCCUAGCAGCAGCCACUGGUCCUACGCUCUAUUCUGGACCGUCCUACAACCAGACCCCACAGCCGUUCAAGCCUCUCCCUCCACCUUCCAUCACUCCAAGCCAGCAAAAUUACACCUCAACACCUCUGGAGUUCCCACCGGUUCAGCAAACCUUCAUCCCAGCUCCCGCUCCAGCCCCAGUUCCUCAGUUUACUCCAGCUCCUGCCCCAGUUCCAAUGCCUCAAUUUGAGCCAGCUCCUGCCCCCAUCCCACAACCAACCCUGUACCAAGAACCCCUGUACCAACCCCAUCCAAUGCAGCUGCAGCUGCAGCCAGAACCGCAAUUCUUCCCACAACAACAACAACAACAACCCAUGCAACAGCACCACUCUGAAUUCGUGCACCAGCAGCAGCUGCAGCAGUACCACUACCAGCAACAGCACAUGGAAGAAGAGGUCUACAAGAAAAAGUCCGUCAAGGAAACCAAGCAGCUGUUCGAACAGACCAUUCAACAGCAGGACUUCAAAUCACCGCGCAUGUUUGCACAGGUGGCAGCCCAAUCGCCCACGCGCCCAAUGACUCUGCCGCCGGACUUUGGCUACAGCCCGGCCGAGAUAGGACUCGAGCCGGGACCGCAGCCCACGAUGGGCUACGCUCCGAAACUCUCGAACGAACGCAAGAGCUCCUACUAUCGUGAGAAGAUCGAACAGUCGCUGUUCGAGAGCAUGGAUAAAGUGCCGGAACGUGUUCCGGCUGGCGGUGUCAAGAUUAUCCCGCCGAGCCCUCGGAAAAAGUCACAGACCCCGGGACAGUCGGAUACCGCCGGGAUGCCUCCUGCUUCGUUCGAGCAGCCGUCGGAAGCUAAGGGUACGCCCACCGUGGCGCCCGCCAAGAGUCCCUUCACGGCCACCGAAAGCGAAUGCGAGAGUGACCUGGACGUGACCAGGAAGAUGAACGGAGUCAGCUCCGGCUAUCUGGCUGAUACGGAAGAGGUCCAGAAGCAGACGAUGCAGACGGUUUCGUUCAGCAGCAGCAGCGAGCAGAAGGUAGAGAGCUUCAGCAGCAGCAGCAAGACGGAAAGUGUCGUGCUAGGCUCGUCGGCUGAAGUGGUUCAACAAGAGGAGCAUAAGGUCGAAUCAAUUGAAGCGACGAAGGUCGAGAAGGUUGAGGACGCUGCACCGACCGUGACCGCCGAAAUCGCUGCUACCGAGGUUCAACCAGAGCAGCAGCAGCAAGAGCCGCAGCAGCAAGAGCAACAGCAGCAAGAGCAACAGCAGCAAGAGCAGCAAGUGUCGGAGCAAGUCGUCGCCGAAACCACCACUACGACCACCACCACCACCAGCAGCAGCAGCACCGAAGAGGUUACCAAGGAGCCCAUCAAGGUUCAAGAAGAAGGACCGAGGAACUUCCUCGCAAACGAUGACCUUCCGGAUGAUAUGCAACCGGUGAAGGUACUUCCAACGGAAGAGCCUCUGCCAACGCUGAAACAUGUUCCAGUUCCAGCUGCCGUCCAGCCGGUAACAGAGCCAGAGCAUGUUCCGCUAGUUCAGGAACUACCACCACAGCUAGUGGUUGAACCCGCCGCGGCUUUACCAGUGGUCACUCCACAACAGAAUGGAUACCCAUCGGCGAGCGAAUACGGAAACGAUUUCGAUCAAAAGAUCACUCCGGCUUGGCAACCAACCCAAACUGAUGUAGGCUACAAAUCAGUCCACCCGGUGUUCAACGCACCAAAACCACACGAAACGGGUCCAGCUGCACCACCCCCAUCAGUAUUCGAUCCGAUUGACAAGGUUCAAACAACGACCCUUCAACAACCCCAACAGUUUAUCGACAGGAUCGAAAAGCCCAAACCGAUCAGCUAUACCCAAAGUACGACCACCCAGCAGCAGCAGUCGGAGUCCUCAUCCUUCCAGUCUUAUCAACAGCAGAGCUUCCAGCAGCAACAAGAACAACAACACCACGUUUCCUUCCCACCGGUUGAAACAGCUCCGGCUCUGUACUACACCUCGGUAACUGCUCAACCAGUGCACAGCACGAUCGCAAGCGAAACCUCCAACACUAUGCACAUGAAGGAAACCACAGAGACCAGCAACCGCGUGGUCAACAUGUCCCAAUCUCAACAGGUCGUCAAUCUGGAGUCCGCCAACCAGUUCAUGGCCCAGAAUGCAGGUCGCUUCACUCCUGGAGAGUACCGCGAAAGUGACUACGAAUCCGACGGAUCUCGUAUCCGUCCACUCUGGACUCCACAUCCGUCGGACAGCGAUGAGCCGCACUUCCGCAGCGUGCGACCACAGUUCAAACAACCACGCUCGGCUAGCGUUCCGCGAUCCGGCGAACACAUCCAAACCCCCAUGGAGUUCGACACCGGUCCGGUGCUGAUGCCGUCCAAGAUCGUCACCACCGUCGAGUCUACGAACCAACAACAAAGUCAAACCGUCGAGACCGUCGAAGUGUUGCAAACCCAAACCCUCGAUCGCAAGUCCUCCUUCAGCUCCAAACGACUUGCCACCUCGCACGUGUCCAACCUGCGCGAUGACAUGGCUGUAAAGGCCCACAAAGUGGCCCCGAUCAACUACAUCCAGAAGGCGACCAACCAGGCGGAAAGUAUGUCCCAGUCGUUCAAGACCAAGGCGUACCACUUUACCAACGAAGUGAUGACCGACAUGCGCAAGGCUCCGAUCAAACCGAUCCUGAAAAAUGCCUUCGGCUAUCAGGUCCCGGUGGUGCAGGCCGCCCCUCCGGCUCCCACUGCAACAACUCCCACGCCGACGGCCGACAGCAACGCCCAGGCCUACCGCGAGGAAUCACGGGUGUCCCAGUACGGCACCAAACACGUCGAUCCGGACACCGGAAUCAUCUACUUCAAGUACGAUUUCGGUUACGAGUUCGGUAUCAUUUUCCCGGGCGAAGGCCACCGGAUCAUUGCCGGAGCCAGCCGGAACCGGAACCAAAAGCUACUCACCAACGGUGCCGGCGGUGACAGACAGAAACACCCACUCUACCAAAGUGCUUCCCCGUUCGGCCGGUCGGGAGCCACCUCCGUUGAGGUUCCGGUCAUACACGAACGCACCAAAGACUACUACCGGAACUGUAGUCCCACGCCGUUCCGACGGUCAGCUUCGGUUCCGGCGCCGGAUAUGCAAGCCAGUCGCUACCAGCAGCGGUACAAUUAUCCAGUUCCAGCCGGAACAGGAACACAGCAGGGAGGUAGUGGACGUUCUACGCCCCGUGUUGGCUACUUUAGACCCCUGUCCCGGUGCACCACCCCAGACCAACAAUCGACCCCAGUUCAGGGUUACAAUCGCUCGGCGACUUGCACUCCUAAGCCCCACCCACAGGAACCGGCCAUCGCCACCAAGCUGCCACUAUUCGUUGCCCCCCUGAAGGACAUUGCCGUCGUCAGUGGACAGCCGGCGCGUUUCGAGUGCAUCGUCGCGUGCGAUGCUACACCUGCGAUUCGCUGGACCAAGAACAACGUACCGAUCGACGAAAGCGGUCAGCGGUACUAUCCGGAGUACCGGAAUGGGCUGUGCCGCCUCUCGCUUCCGGUUGCCUACGAAGGUGACGCUGGCAACUACAGCUGCCUAGCCGAGAACCACCUGGGUCACAACCAGACCUGUGCCGAUCUGAUCGUGAUCGAUAGCGACUGGAGAACGGCGUCCGUCGUGACGGAUUUCUAGAUUUUCAUCUGAGAAAAAAGAGGAAGACGAGAGUUAACAGAAAUUGGACACACGAAAUUCAUCAAUUAAGAAACCAAAGAAGGAGAAAGGGAUCGAUAGCAAACAAUUCGAACAGUUAAUUAAAACAACGGAAAAUCAGAAAGAUAUUAGGAAAAUCGAAAAAAAAAAUUCAACUGAGAAACAAUCAGAACCAUGUCAGAAACGCUGAAAGAAACGAAAGAAAAUAUGUUUGUUUUUAUUUUAAUCGUAAGCUUUUUCGUUUAAGUAACCAUAUGAGAAAUGAUGAAAGGAGAAAGAGUAUAGUUUUCAAGAACUUUUUUCUUUUUAUGUAAAGUGUUGCUUUUACUCGUUGUCUAUUUAGUGGUUUUCUACGUCCCAUUUUGUUCUUACUUAUUUACGAAAUGUGAAAGGAACCUCGUAAGUUAUUUAUUUUAGCUUAUAAUUUACUUACCCUCCCCCCCCCUCCCACCAACAGAUUGAUGUGGCAAAAAAAUUAUCACUUUUUCGUUUGGAGAUUAUAUUCGAUAACUGUAAUUUACUCUAUCUAGUCCUCCAAUCAAUCGUUGGAACGAGAAAAAAAAAAGUGAAAAAUGUUCUUUGAAAAUUUACCAAAAAAAACGCAGAAACUGAACCAGAACUAAUCGACAUGCAAAAAAAAAUGUACUUGUUUGACCCCCGCUUUACCCAGUGGACGAAAAAAAAAAUACGCUGAUGAUGAUCUAUAAAUAAUUUUGAAAUGAAAAUCUGAAUGAGCUAGACAUUAAUUGUUUUUUCAUCCCCCGAACAUUUUUGUUUUUAUCUGCCUCACACUUUAUAAUCAUUCGGUCACUCAAAAAUCGCUCACACAAACACUUGCAUAAGCCGAAGGAAUUUCCGUUUAUCUUCUAUUAUUAUGAAAUUAUCUUCGCGCUUCCGAAUCAUUUGAAACAUGAGAAAACAGAAAAUAAACGUUAUGUAAUAUGGUCUUGCACCGCCCAAAGGGUUAACUAUGUAAACAGCAGGUUGAUUGAAUAAAAUCGAGAUUAAUUUAAAAUAAA